GCCUUGUGAACACGGCUGCUGAAUAUACCCCAACCCAAUAUCGCUUCCCCUGACAUCACCCCUUCUCUACCCUCGCCGGCUCGCCGGGCUCGCCGCGCCGCUACCCGUACAUCCAGACGCUAUCCGCGCAGAAGGAAGAGGACUGAGGCCUCCCCUGAAACUGUCCCGAUGGCGUGGGGCGUGCCCCCGCGGCCGCCGUCGUCUAAGGUGCAGGCCCUCUACGAGCUCUGCAAGCGCACCUUCCCCUCCCCUUCCGCCGCCGCCGGAGCCUCGUCCUCUCCCCCGCCCGCCGACGCCGUCCGCAGCAUCUCCUCGCUCAUGGACACAAUCACUCCUGCGGAUGUUGGGCUCAGAGAUGAUAAUGUUGAGGACGACAGGGGGCAUGGAUUUUUUGAGUCCAACUUCCUCAAGAGUUCAGCAAGGGUGACCCGGUGGGCGCAGCCUAUCACCUACCUUCAUAUCUACGAAUGUGACGCUUUCUCUAUUGGGAUAUUCUGCUUACCAACUUCAUCUGUCAUUCCUCUUCAUGAUCAUCCAGGAAUGACUGUAUUGAGCAAAAUCCUUUAUGGUUCCAUGCAUGUGAAAUCAUAUGAUUGGAUAGAGCCUACUGUCCUAGCAAGUAGCCAGCCAGCAAAACUAGCCAAGUUACAUACGGAUGAUGUUCGGACUGCCCCAUGUCCAACCUCCGUUUUGUAUGCCCAAAGUGGUGGGAACCUGCACUGCUUUACUUCAGUAUCUUCUUGUGCUGUUCUUGAUGUCCUCGCCCCACCAUAUUGCGAAGAUGUUGGUCGGAUCUGCACAUAUUUUCAUGAUUAUCCAUUUUCUAGCCUCUCUGCAGCUGGACUCGCAAAGGUAGCUGGAAACCCAGAUACUUACGCAUGGCUGGAGGCCAUAAACACUCCAGUGAAUAUUUACAUGCGCUCUGGCAUGUAUACCGGUCCACCUGUACAGGAACUUCAGACAUAAGAAAUCCAAGAUGAACCAGAGCAUCAAGCGGUGCUGCCCAGAUAGUACAGUUCAAAUGUAACGCUUUGAGUCUUCUAUUUUUCAUGUUUAGCUUUCCCUCCUUUGUUCUCCUGUGUCGGAGAAGCUGUUGUGCUUCAGUGAAGAGAUAAGUUUUCACAGUAGUUUCUCUCGGUCAGUUUAUUAGUGAGGGGUUCAGGUACAAAGCCAGAGCAGCUGAGCAGAGAUUGUAGCUUUACUUAUGUUGUGCAACGCUGGUAUGAUUUUGAAUGCAAAAUUUUGUUACUGGUGUUGCUA